AGAUAAGAAAAAAAGAAUUUAACGUGGGUAAAAAUGUAAUUGUCCAUUGCUCCUUUAAAACGGCUCUCCCACUAGGACUAGGGUUUAUCGAACAAUUUCUUUUACGCCGUCGAUUCAUAUUUCUUUGUGUUGGUCAAGUGCAGGUUCUUCUUUCAUAAUCUAACCUCUCUGAAAUCUUUGUUAUACGAUAUAUUAACUGUAUUCCUUUCAGAACUCUCUUUAAUUCGUUUGCAGAAAAUGGAGUCGCAGAUAAAGCAUGCGAUAGUGGUGAAGGUAAUUGGAAGAACAGGUUCACGAGGUCAGGUGACUCAGGUGAGAGUGAAGUUUAUUGAUGAUCAGAACCGUUUCAUUAUGCGAAAUGUUAAGGGCCCUGUUAGGGAGGGUGAUGUCCUUACCCUGCUCGAGUCCGAAAGAGAGGCUCGGAGGUUGCGUUGAUUCUCAUUAUUAUUUUUCAUGGAUUAUUUUCUCAAUUGACAAUUCACAUUUUCUUCUAGUUAUAAAAUGAUUUCUAUUUUGGGGACCGGACUUAAAUGAUUCUAUUAAUCUUUUUUCUUGUACUAGUUGUCAAGAUUUAGGUUCUUAUAGACAAGAUAAGAUAUUUGAUGAUUAGCACGGGAAGUUUGAGAGUGAUGAUUAGUAUUGAUAAUGUAGCUUGAAAACUGGCUAUCUUUUUAUGGACUUUGUCUUUUGAUGGACUUGUUAUAUGGACUAGUUCCUUCAAUUGUUAUAUGGACUUUGUCUUU